AUGCAGGUGUCUUCUCGUUCUUCAUCUCGCCGACAUAGUAACGCAGAGAUGAGAGGUCGUGCGCCUUUACCAGUUUCCGCUGGGGCUACACCCCAGAACGGUCAUACUCGCACUCCAUCGGCGCUUGACGUUGCCCGCAGUCCGCCGAACCAGAGCAACAAGAAUACCAAACACGUUCCAUGCAAAUUCUUCCGCCAGGGUGCCUGUCAGGCAGGCCCCGCUUGUCCUUUUUUACACUCCACCGAUGCCGGAAUUGACUACGCUCCUUGCAAAUAUUUCACCAAGGGUAAUUGCAAGUUCGGCGCAAAGUGCGCACUGGCGCAUAUUCUACCAGAUGGACGGAGAGUCAACCGACCGACUGGAAACGUGGGAAUGGGAAGCGGCCAUCUCAAUUUGGGUGGCCGAGUGAACCCGCAAGCCUACGUCAACCAGGACUCCGCCUUGACCAACUCGGUACUCUCGCAGCAGCGCAUGAACGGCCACGAGCAGCCUCGAUAUGCCCCGCAAAUGCCCCCGCAGGAGGAAUACGGAUCCCUGCAUGACCAGCAGUCACCAUAUGAUGGGAUCCCGACGAUCGAUACGGGUCUUGCCUCCGAUGCUGGCUCCAAGUUCGGCUCUCCCCCCGGCGAAGUGCGAUUCCCCAUGUCGCCCAAUAACAACCACCUUACCGCCCUUGAUGCGGGUCUCCCAGCUUCCUUCGACAGCCAGGGUAUUUCUCACGCUGCCCGCUAUGGCCCCGUGGCUGCUUCUAUGCCGUCGCAAUUUGGAUUGGAAUCGCCGCCCGCUCAGAGGCCUGGACAAGCAGAUGUAUUCCGGAACUUGCGCGACAUUGGUUACGGGACUAGCAUGCGGAAGCCUGGGUCGUAUAUUGGAUCGUCUCCCCCGGCCCCAGACGAUAUCAUUGGUACCCGUUUCAUGCAUUCAUCGCGACCUGUCAAGUCGCGCAUCGUUUCUGCUAGUGUUCCCCGUCCUACAGCCUUGGAGGACUGGGAUGAGAAUUUUCCCAUGGAAGAAGACUAUCUGCCCGUCAACCUGCAUGAUGACGUCCUGACCCCACAGGAAAAGCUGCGCCGCUUGUCCCGGACCGAUCACGACCUAAGCUCCAGCCAUCGUGACCUUAGCGGCCUCGGCAUGACCAGCACCAGCUUCUCUAAGACCGGCUCCCCAUUGGCGUCAAGUCCUUCUCGCUUUGGUGCCUUAUUUGCUAAGCAGCGUCAGCGCAAAGAAGAAGAAUCUCAUGGCUCUUCUUCUUUCCACAUUGGGUCACCUCUUCGGGAAUCAUCAUUGAACCCUAUCACCAGCCCCAGUCUUGGACCUAUCGGUAGCAGUAGAGCAUCUCAUGAUGGAGGGUCUUUCCUUUCUAGCCCGGGACGUCAAUCCGCGAUGUCAGUGAUAUCUGAGCAGCUUGGAGGCAUGUCUCUUCACCCUGGUUCCGCUCGCCAGCCUUCUGCCGGUCCUAGCGGCCGCCUUGACCGAAUCAUUUCAUCUCCUGUCAACACUAGCAAGAUUGAAGAGGAGGAGGAUCCAAGUGACCUCGUCUUCGACAUGGAAGAAGAAGUGGGAAACAAACGGAAUAGCGCCUCGUGGAAUGAGAACAAAGAAACCUCCGACCCUUGA